GGGGUUUGUGGUUGACGGGCGGGGCCUGGGUCGCGGGACGCUGCAGCCGCCGGGCUUUAUUCUGUGUUCAGCCGCGGAGCGAAGCCGAGGAUGGGAUGCUUCUGGUUCUUUGUGCUCUGCUUCCUGCCCCUGUGUGGAGCAAAUGUCACUGAGCUGGUUGGGAUGUUUGGGAAGUUUCAGUCGCCCAAUUAUCCGGAGGGUUAUCCGAGUGAUACAGACAUAACCUGGAACAUCACCGUGCCUCUCGGAUUCCGUAUCAAGCUCUAUUUCAUGCACUUUGACCUCGAGCCCUCCUACCUCUGUGAAUACGACUAUGUGAAGAUCACGUCGGGUGAUAUGCUGGAGACAUUCUGUGGCCGAGAGAGUACAGACACUGAGAAAAUCCCAGGCCAAGACUCUGUUUUCUCGUUUGACAAUUCCAUGACCGUCUUAUUCAAGACAGACUUUUCCAAUGAAGAGCGUUUCACUGGUUUUGAAGCUCACUAUGCUGCCAUCGAUGUCGACGAGUGUAAGGAGAAAUUGGAUGAAUCUUCGGCCUGUGACCAUUUCUGUCACAAUUACAUCGGUGGAUUUUACUGUUCCUGUAGAUUUAGCUACAUCCUUCACUCAGAUAAUCGGACUUGCAAAGUCGAGUGUAGCGACAAUGUAUUUACAGAAAGGUCAGGAAUUGUCUCCAGUCCAGACUAUCCCAAUCCUUACCCCAAGAGCUCAGAUUGUCUGUACCGUAUUGAACUGGAAGAUGGGUUUGUGAUCACCUUGGACUUUACCGGCAUCUUUGAUCUAGAAGAUCACCCAGAUGUGCUAUGCCCUUAUGACUAUCUGAAGAUUAAAGCUGGAAUGAAGGAGUUUGGCCCUUUCUGUGGUGAUAAGAGUCCUGGAAAGAUCGCGACCAACAGCAGCAGAGUCCAGGUUCUCUUUCACACUGACGAUUCGGGAGAUAACCGCGGCUGGAAAUUUGCCUACACAUCAGUUGGCAAUCCUUGUCCUGUGAUCCAGCCACCCCUCAAUGGCAAAGUUGAACCUGUCCUGGAAAUUUAUACAUUCAAAGAUCAAGUCCAGAUUAGAUGCAACGUUGGAUUUAAAUUUGUGAAGGGUGGGGAUGAGGUGGAAGCCUACCAGAUCGAAUGCCUGAAAUCAGGGACAUGGAGCAGUGGAAUUCCUACCUGUAAAGUCAUUGACUGCGGGACUCCACUGCCUCUGGAGGAUGGAUUCAUCACUUUCCGUUCAAAGGACAACCUCACGUUGUUUGGGAGCCGGAUCAACUAUUCGUGUAACGCCUUAUUUUAUCGGAUGGAUCCAGACCUGAACACUACAUACACAUGUAUGGAAAACAACUUCUGGGUGAAUGAUGAACUGGGCACAGAUCUCCCUACCUGCCAUCCAGUCUGUGGGCAGCCAGUUCGAUCAUUGCCUCCUCACAGCAAGCGGAUCAUUGGAGGGCGGACUGCCCUCCCUGGCGUCUUCCCCUGGCAGUUGCUGAUGGUGGUGGAGGACGUGACCCGUGUGCCGAAGGCCAAGUGGUUUGGGAGCGGGGCUUUGCUGUCCAGAACAUGGGUUCUGACCGCAGCCCACGUGUUGCGGUCUCAGAGACAUGAUAACUCCAUCACCCUGGUGCCCAGUGAAUAUGUCACCAUCUACCUGGGGCUCCACGAUGUCCGGCAAAUGGAGACUGCAGUAAAGAGAACGGUGGAAAAAAUCAUUCUUCACAAAGCCUUUGAUCCCAGAACUUACAACAAUGACAUUGCUUUGGUAAAGUUGAAGGAAAAGGUCUCAAUGAAUGUCUUUGUGAUGCCUCUGUGUUUGCCCAGUCUUCAUCAGGGGACGGAAGGGCCAGCACCAAAUACAUUGGGGGUGGUGGCCGGGUGGGGCAUCACCAACACUAACCUGACCAUCGAUGAUGGCCCUGGAAGUGAUCAUCAAGCACUCUCGAACAUCCUGCAGUAUGUGAAGCUGCCCAUCACACUGCAGGCAGAGUGUCGCAGCAGCUACGAGUCGCGGUCUGGCAGCUAUAAUGUGACUGAUAACAUGUUCUGUGCUGGCUUCUAUGAGGGUGGCAGAGACACCUGCCUGGGCGACAGCGGAGGGGCAUUUGUUACGUUUGAAUCAGAAAACCUAAGCUGGGUAGCUCAAGGUCUGGUAUCCUGGGCCGGCCCCGAGAAAUGUGGCAGCAAACGCGUCUAUGGUGUGUACACCAAGAUCUCCAAAUAUGCCAGGUGGCUAAAGGAUAAAAUGAGCAAUUCUUCUGAGUAAUGGCUUGGGCAGCACUGGGGAGAAAUACCAGACUACCCUCCCAGACACUUCUGUACAGGUCUUGGUCCUGAGGGGUACUCACUGUUGAUAGGGCUUUGAAUAUAAAAACAAGGGAGUCAUGCAAAAUCAAGUCACUGGUUAGGCCGCAGCUUAAGUGCAAGAAUCCGUCUGGAAAUCAGAAGAAUGCAACGACCAUGGAGAAGGAACAUAGAGGAAACAGAAUUAUGUCGAGGAUAUGGGAGCGAGUGAUGUGCAGGGAUAGUGAGGUCGAUAUUGUCAGAGUGAGGAAUAGAGACACUCGAAAUCGAGGAUUCAUCCGAGCUGGCACCGACUCCUCUGCAGGUGGAACAAUCAGAAGUUAUAAGUUUAAGUGAUUUUCAAAUGACGGAGAAUGUGGAGGAAGUUCUUCACACAGAGUGAUGUUGUUAAAGCAUUGUUAGAAAUGGGCAGUGGAAUUAGGUACAGCAUGUUUGUGGAGAAAUGAUUUGUAGGUUGAGAGGAAAGUUGGGGUAAGUGACAUUUGGAUGACUCUUUCAAACAUUGUCAAAGGUUGAGUGGACUGAAUGAGCACUGUAGUUUCCAGCACCAGUAUGUGUUUGGGAUGACCUGGCAGAAGAAAGGUUUGUGUCCUUGUCUACCUUGGCCCGUCAUGACCUAACUGAGCAUUAUAUUACCUACAUCUGUGAUCUAAACAAGUGUGUGUCUGCAUUGAAGACCGUGCAGCGAAGGUCCACAAGCUUGAUCACUGGACCAGAGGAAUUGAUUUGUGAAGAAGGUUGAGCAGGUUAGUUUAUUAUUGUCCAGUAAAAACCUUUGAUCUGAGUGCUAUCUAGGCAGAUCAUACCAUACAUUACACUGGACAGUACAAACAAGAAAUGAAACUGCAGAAUCUAGUGUGCAACUAUAGAGCCUCAAUUUGUUGUAGAAGAACAAGGUGAUCUUAUUGAACAUAAGAUAUGUGAAGUAGAGGGGAGGCGCAGAGUAUGGGGAGAGACCAGGAGAGUGGUGCUGACAUCCAGACUGGACAAUCCAUGAUCAUGUCGAUGGUGAAGCAGGUUUGAGAGGCUGCUCUUGAUUCUGGUGAAGCCCAAGCAGGUCACUCCAGUACAGAGUGAAGAGGAUGUUAGGAGGUUGCAGGGUGACCUGGACAGGUUGAGUGAGUGGGCAGAUGCGUGGCAGAUGCAGUAUAAUAUAGAAUAAAUGUGAGGUUAUCCAGUUUGGCGGCAAAAACA